UGCCCAAUUUUAACCGUGCAAUAUUGUUAUGAUACAAAAACACGUUUUUUUCUUACUUUUCUUCUUUCCAUAAGUAGUCUAAUUUACUAAUGUGUCGAUAAUUGGAGAAAUGCUGUUUCCAGUGGAAUUUCAGCUCGUGUGAAAUGUUGAAACAAAGUUUAAGAUACUGUACUGUAGGGAAGGCAUAUCUGUCAAUUGUGGCAAAGUGUAGCAGUACUCCGUUAUUCGAAAAAUUACGGGGUGAAUUAGUAGUUCAAAGAAAACUGACAAAUUUGGACCACUUUUGUCAUGUGCAUAAAAAUAUUACUGAAACUAUUACUUCUGAAGAGGAUGCUAAAACAUUAAUUGCUAAACUUGAAAAAGCUGCAUUAGAUUACAAGCCUCCAAAACCAUUUGAGGAAGUACAGAGCAAUAAAGAUGCAGUUGAAUUUUUAGAUGAACUUGGCCCUCCCCUUCCUGUUGCUUUCAACUUAGCAGCUUAUGUGAAUCGUUCUGAAACGCUAGUAAAAUUAGUACAGUUGGGUGUAGAUUUAUCAAGAAUUGAAAGGAAUCCUGAAAAGGCUAAAUAUAUUUUACAACUAGAAUUUGAAAAAGAUGUGAAAUGCCAUAUCCAAUUUUUGCUUGAUAAUGGUGUAGACAGUGAUGAGUUAGGUAAAUACAUAACAAAUAAUCCUUUCAUAUUUAAAGAAAGGAUUGAAGAUCUUGAAGUAAGAAUUAACUAUCUUAAAAGUAAAAAAUUUAGUGAAACUGCCAUCUCCCAUAUGAUAACAAGAAAUCCACUCCUUCUGAGUAUGGAAACAAGAAAAGUGGAUUCACGUUUAGGAUUCUUUCAAAAACAGUUUCAUCUGACAGGUGAUGAAGUACGUUGUUUUGCUACAAAAUGCCCUAAGCUUAUUUCCUAUCCAUUUCAAAAAAUAAUGGAGAAAUUAUUUAUAUUCAAGGAAGAAUUAGGAUUUUCAAGUAAAGAAAUGAAAACAUUUUUACUUAGUAAACCAAAAGUAUGGAUGUUAGGUCCUAAAACUUUAAAAGAAAGGUUUGAUAUUGUGCAUAAUCUUAUGGGUCUGUCUCAUGAGCAGAUUCUUAAAUUCCCGGGUGUUUUUCUGAAACGAAGUUUUCUACUAAAGCAGAGACAUCAGUAUCUUGCUCAUCUUGGCCGUGCUCAGUAUGAUCCUACAAAACCUAACUUCAUUUCACUUGCUGACAUAGCAACAACUACUGAUUCUGCAUUUUGUAGCAUUUGUGCACACACAUCAGUUGAUCAAUACAAUGAGUUUCUGAAGACAUUAUAAAUUAUAUUUAACUCAUGUACUUUUUUAAAAAUCAAAGUCAGUAUAAUUAAAUAUUUUCUUUGUAUUUCAUGAUGAUUAUAUAUAAUUUACAGUAAUGGUGAUCGUCAAAAUGUUAUAAGAAUUUGUUGACUUAAUACUGAAAUAUAAAUUUUCGAAGUA